AUGCAGAUCUUUGUUAAAACCCUCACGGGUAAGACGAUCACCCUCGAGGUCGAGUCUUCGGACACCAUCGACAACGUCAAGGCCAAGAUCCAGGACAAGGAAGGAAUUCCCCCUGAUCAGCAGCGUCUCAUCUUUGCUGGUAAGCAGCUCGAAGAUGGUCGCACCCUUUCGGACUACAACAUCCAGAAGGAGUCUACCCUUCACCUCGUCCUCCGCCUUCGUGGUGGUGCCAAGAAGAGGAAGAAGAAGGUUUACACCACCCCUAAGCGUAUCCCUCACAAGCGCAAGAAGGUCAAGAUGUCCAUCCUCAAGUACUACAAGGUCGACGGUGAUGGCAACAUCAAACGCCUUCGUAGGGAGUGCCCUUCGCCUGAGUGCGGUGCCGGCAUCUUCAUGUCGUGGCACAAGAACCGUCAGUACUGCGGAAAGUGCAAGCUCACUUUCAUGUUCGAGGAGGGCACCAAGCCUCCCGCUGCUUAA